ACAACAAAUCAAGAGACAGGCUCUAAAAAACCAGCACUAAUCGAAGAAAUAGUUGGGUACAGAAAAGUGGCAGAUAAAGAAAAAAAAGAUGAAAGAGAACAAGAGCUGAUUUUAAUAGAAUUAGAAGAACAUAUAAAGAGUUUCAUAAGAUG